UCAUAGGUGAUGGUGGUCAUUGUAUUUUCCCUCAGAUAGAUCUACACGCGCGCGCGCGCACGCACACACACACACACACACACACACACAUAUAUAUAUAUAUACAUAUUUUACAUCAUGGGUAUUAAAUCAUACCCAUUUUUACAUCAAGGGCAUUAAGCUGAGUCUUUAUUUUACGCCGCUUUCGACCUGUCCAGGAAAUACGAGUGAGGUCCUGAGUUUUUAAGAAUCGGCUGCUUGAUUUUAAAGUCUUCUGAGUUUCGGGAUGGGGUACUCCAAGAAAUGCCGCGAUUGGACCACCCGCUGGAGUCUGGCCGAGCAGAGGUGUGUGAAGUGCGACCCCAACGACCUGAAACCCGGACGCGAGUUCUCCCCCAACUGCGGCUACACCGACGACGGGGGGCGGCGUGAAGCGGUCACCAGACCGUGCCCGGCCGGCACCUUCAACACCGACGCGCUGGAGCGAUGCAGACCCUGUUCCUCCUGUCCUGGACCGCCGGCGCGCCCCUGCAAUCCAACGACUGAUGCGCUCUGCUGCGCUCAAAGCUUAAACUGUCUGGGUGACUCUAACAGUACGACGACAACCAAAGGACCAACAUUUACUAACCCUAUGACAACAACAACGCCAUUGUCAACAACAACCCCUUUGUCAACAGGUAAUGCGGUCUGGAUACUACUACUAGCUGUCGUCACUGUUUCCAGUAUGUUUUUUGUUUUACUUUCCUGCUUCAUGCAGAGGAGGAAGAGGAGGAGGAGGCUAACCUGCCGUUACACAGGUGGAUCUAAAACGUCAAAAAACAGCAAAGUAAUGUCACCCAUGAAUGAAGAGCUCCCUCUCCCAAACCAACCUGAUGGCAAGGAUCUGUUUGACAUUCUGAGUCCACAAGUCCAAGCAGCACCUUUGCAGACGGUGCUAGACAACCUGGAUGUCCUAGAGGAGUUGAUUAUCCUUUUGGAUCCAGAGGGCCAAGGCAUGAAGAACACCAGACACCUGGCAUCUCGCUGCUCCUUCCCUCAUACCUGGAUCAAUUACACUUACUCGAGGAAGGACAGCAAGAGCCCCCUUAAAAUGGUGUUGGAAGGAAUCACCAGUAAGCACCCCGAUUGGACAGUAGAGCAUCUUGCCAAGCUGCUCAAGGAGAUGGGCCGCAAUGACGCUGUAGUGGUUCUCAACAAGCUUGCAUUGAAUGAGAAUGUGGUUUAGCAGCCCUGGAAUUAAAUACCAAAGUCAAUAUGAAUAUUGAGCUGAUUCCAUGUUUAAACACAAUUGUAGCCCAUAGAAGAGACUGGUGAUGUCAGAUUAGUGGAUGUCUAAUUUGAUUUACAUUUCAUACAUCUCUGUAGGUGCAAUUUAUUAAAAGUACAAUCUUGAAAAUCUUUUCUUUUUUUUUGUUGAAUACUGAGUACUCAGUAUUUCACAGGUGUUUGACCACUUCAAAACCCAGGAAUUUAUCCGAAACAAAAGACAUUGUUGAAUCUGGGUUUUAGCCAUUCCCAUGUAGUAGAAUCUGUCAUCAAAGACUUUCUAUGAGGUUGGUCUGCCAUUUCUGUAGCCACAACUUUGCAUCCUCAAACUCUGUUACUUUCCAUAUUGUUAAGAUAUAAACACCAUGCUGGACCAUUUUUCCAGGGCAAGUUCAACCCUAAGUAACCUGUCAAUGAACAACUAUAAAAGCAUUCACAAUCUGGAUAAUUGUAGAUUAUCUGUUGUCUUAAACAGCUACGCCAGUGAUAAAAAUGCAUGCAAAAGUAGCUUUAACCUGUUAUUUGAUCUAUUCCUGAGAUAACAUUGUGUACUUGGUGAGAUACAAAUGACUGAUUUUAUUUGUUCAAACAUCUUAACAUAUUUAUUAAGCAAAUAACAUUAUAAAUAAAAAAGUGCAUAGAAAAAUUAAACAGGUUUAGAAAUAUGUAUACAAUUAUUUACAAACUUAGGAUUUAUUUGUACAAGGUAACAAAGACGCAUAUUUAAAGUUCACACAAUUUCUGAUUUUUAUGUCUUUUAACACUUUUUAUAUUUUAAAAUAACCCUACUAUAUCUAUAUAUAUAUAUAUAUCUAUAUAUAUCCAUAUAUAACAUAACAGCUUUCUGAACAGAUUCUGGGAGAGACGGUCACGGUUACUUCAGGUUUUGACUAGUGCGCCGUAUCCUUCAUUGCUCUCGCAGAGGUCAGCGCUGCAGGACAUUAAAACCAACCUACUCUCAAAUUAUGUUUUGUUGUUGUUGUUUUUUUUUUUUACAUCAGUAUCCCCAAAGGGCUGUCUAAAUAAAUGAGGUAGAAUUCUUGUAAGAAAU